GUUACUUUCUCGCUUCACAUGCUUAGAAUUCCUUCACGACAGACCUCGUAGUAAGGGCGACACUUUUAAAUCUAAUAACUAUGGUUACUUACGUAUUAACCGCUAUUUAGAUCGAAUUCUGGACUUCAGAUAGAUUUUGAUAUCGAUUUAGAAAGGUACGUGCUCCCUAUUUUAAUAAAUUCUAUAUAACAAUAGAUUUAUAAAAUUUUUCUUUAGUAAUUUAAUCUGCGGGUCUAAAGUUUUUAUUCGUAAUCUUUUAUGCUCCAAUGGCUCUUUUGCAAUUUUCAAUAUUGAUAAAUGAUCUAUUGGAAAAUGUGCUCUGGUUUUCUAUCCAGAUUUUAAGUAAACACAAAAUUAAACCAUUUUCAGAUUGAGACAAUGAAGGUUCGCUGUAUUGAAGUAUUUUUACGGUUAUUAGUUUCUUUCCUGCUGUUAAAGAACUCUUCACAAGUUUAUGAUGGAUGUGAAGGUGAAGCGGAUGUAAUUUUCAUUAUAGAAAAUGCCAAUUCCGUAUCUGCAUCGGCCUUUUCUAGUGUCAAGGCCCAACUGGUACGUAUUGUACGCGAAAUGGAAAUAUCUACCACAAAAACCCGUGUAGGCGUAAUAAGUGCAAGCAACAACGGUGAAUGGGAUUUUGAAUUAGAUGACUGGACCAACGUUAAUGCUGCUGUUAACGCCAUUAAUUCCAUACCUUACAGAAAUAAUCAGGGCGCAUCAUUUAAUAAUAUAUUCACUCUGGCCAAAAACGCCUUGAUAAAUUCAGACAAUGGGGCUCGUCAGGGGAUUCCUGAUGUCAUUUUUCUAAUUACAACAACUUCUAUGAAUAUUGGCGGCGACGAUAUUGCUGCCAAUGCUCUUGAUGCAAGAGGGAAACAAAUUACUAUUAUGGCUUUAGUAGUAGGGUCAAACUUUAACCAAGAUGCUAUUAUGAGAUUGGCCAGUGAUCCUUAUGAGAAAAAUAGUUGGUUUAACGUUCAAUGGAACGGCAUGGAUAGUAUAUAUAAAUCGCUAAUGACGAGAUUUUGUCAAGAGAUACCUGCAUGCGCCGGUGAGGCCGAUAUCACAUUUGUUCUUGAUUCUUCGGGUUCUGUACCAAUUUGGGAUUGGGAUAAACUCUUGGACUUUACAAAGAGAGUUGUUUCGGAGAUGUAUAUUUCCCAGAAUGGUGUAAGAGUUGCUGCUAUAUCAUUCAGCACUAAAGUCAAAAAAGAAUUCUAUUUGAACCAAUACUAUACAAAGACGUCCCUGACUACUGCUAUUGAUCAAAUAGAAUAUUUAGAACAAUUAACGAAUACGGCUGGUGCCCUGAGAGCAUUAUACGUUGGUAAUCGGGACGCUAUAUACGAUACCAACAAAGGAAAUCGCCUAAAUGUCCGUGAUUUGGUUAUUGUUGUCACUGACGGUGAAUCGAGCGAUAGAGCGGCCACUGAAAUUGAGGCUAAAAGGAUUCAUGAGAGGGGAUUACGUACUUUUGCUAUAGGUAUCGGUCCCGAGGUCAAUCAGGAUGAAUUGAGAAAUCUUGCUUCCAAUCCUGAUUCCACGCACUACUUUCAAUUGAAAGAAUUUGAUACAUUAAAAUCAAUUGAAAAGAAUCUUGUAGAGGUUACCUGUAAAGAAGCACCCCCGGACUGCAAAAAUAAACAAUUAGACGUCAUAUUUAUGAUUGAUACCUCCGGUUCAAUCGAGCUACGUGAUUUUAAACGGGUAUUGAAUUUUGUCAGGGAGUUGGCCUCCAGGCUGGACGUUGAUUCAGGACAAGCAAGAAUUGGCGUACUAACCUUUAGUGACUCUCCUCACGUUGUAUUUCAUCUAAACAAAUAUGACAACAUUCAGGAAAUAACAAGAGAAAUUGUUAAUAUUCAGUACGAUUAUGGGGGAACAAACACCCAUUUAGCCCUUAGAUAUGUUAGAGAAACAAUGUUCUCUUCACAGAAUGGUAAUAGGCAAAGCGCGGCAAAUAUUGUUCUUUUAAUUACCGAUGGUGCAUCUAGAGAACCCCAGUUAACAAUAGAUGAAGCUCGCAAAACUAGAGCUCAGAGCAUUGACAUUAUAGCGUUAGGCAUCGGUAAAUGGAUAAGAAAAAGUGAAAUACAAAUGAUGGCCUCUUAUCCGAGGUCCCGUAAUCAUUUGCUUGUUCCAGCAUAUACAGAAUUAUUUGCCUAUUCCAAUGGUAUAAUUGCUAUAAUAUGUGAUGUUGUCAAUGAGUGUGAUCCAGACCCCUGUAAGAAUGGAGGAACUUGUAUUGAUAGUCUACAGACAUUUUACUGUAAAUGCGCAUCUGGUUUUACAGGAAGAACAUGUGAAGAUCAAUGCUUACAUUCUGUGGAUAUCGCUUUUCUGAUCGAUGCAUCAGGAAGUAUUCAAAAAGAAAAUUUCCCAACAAUUGAAGAUUUUGUUAGAGAUAUGAUUCAAGGGUUAGACAUAAAUGGGGGAAGAUCAAGAGUUGGCGUUUUGACAUUUUCAACUGGUACAGAUAUUCAUUUCAAUCUAAAAGACUAUUCAGAUACAAAGCGAAUGUUAGAAGCCCUAUCAUUGAGAUUCACAGGAGGAACGACAAAUACGGCUGAAGCCCUCCGAGUCGCUAGACAAACAAUGUUCACUCGUUUGAACGGUGAUAGGGAUAACGCAUUGAAUGUUAUCAUUUUAUUGACCGAUGGAAAAUCCAAUAAUCGAGAUGACACUUGGGAAGAGGCAACAGCAACUCGAAAAGCAGGGAUCCACAUAAUAACUAUAGGUAUUGGUGGUAGUGUUGAAGAAGAUGAAUUGUAUGGUAUAGCGAGUCAUCCUACUGAUGAAAACGUUAAAGUUUUAACAGACUAUGCUUCUUUAUCUGGUCAAGUUUCGAAUAUCUUAUUAUCAGCUUGUAAUAAAAAAAAUGAAUGCGAUUCAAGUCCAUGCUUGAAUGGGGGAACUUGUAAAGAUCUUCUAAGCAGUUUUCAAUGCGUCUGUCAACCAGGUUUCACUGGAGAAAGAUGCGAAAGAAAAUGCCCGAAUAAGGCCGAUAUAGCAUUUUUAAUUGAUUCAAGUGGCUCUAUAACCCAUGAACGUUUUGGAAAUUUAACCAAAUUUGUCAAACAAAUAGUUAGACAAACAGACAGAAGUGAUAACAUCAAGAUUGGUCUGAUUUAUUUUAGUGACACAGCAGUUAUGCAACUCGGUUUAACUGAUGCAACCCAAUUAGAGGAUAUAAUGUUUCAAGCUAAUAAACUACCUUUUAUUGGUGGUAAAACCAAUAUUGCUGCUGCUAUAAGAUUAAUGCGAUCAGAAUUAUUUCAAGAGAGAAAUGGAGACAGACUAAAGGUUCCAAAUCACUGUAUAUUAGUUACUGAUUCUGUUCCUAACCUCGAAACGAUUAAUACUAUUCCUGAGGCAGUCUCUGCCCGAAUUGAGGGAACUCACAUUAUUCUUGUAACAGUUGGCGUUGGCUUGACAAAAGGGAGAAAUUACCUUACUCUACACGCAUUAGCUAGUGAACCUUAUCCCAACAAUGUAUUUAACGUUCAAAAAUAUCAGGAAUUAAGCACGAUGAUACCCUCUGUUGGGGAUGCUCUUUGUAAUAAAGUAAACGACUGCUUAAACUCGCCUUGUAACAAUAAUGGACAGUGUAUAGAUGAAAUUGGCCGUUAUAGAUGUGACUGCAAUGAACCCUAUACUGGACGCAAUUGUGAAAGGCAGUGUCAAAGACAACGUGACAUCGUUUUCGUUGUUGAUAUUUCAGGUUCUUUGGAAGAUGUAGGAUACGAUUCUCAAUUGUCUUUCAUGAAAGAAGUAAUUCAUGGCCUAGACUUUCAAUUUGGUCGAACUAGGGUAGGUUAUGUGACAUACGGAUCAAACACAAACAUACGCUUUCCCUUGGAUAAGUAUACGUCUAACGAUCGAAGAGACCUCUUAAAUGCUAUCGAUAUUUUUGAAGUUCAAGAUGGAACAAAUAUUGCAAAAGCUUUGGACACUGUUGUAAGAAAUGUCUUCGUUCGGGAUAGGGGAGAUCGAGAUGGUGUUCCAAACACUGUGAUAUUGUUAUCUGAUGGUGAAGCGAAUCGCGAAACUGGAAGAACUUUGCAGGCAGGUGCAGAGGCAAAGUCUAGAGGGAUCGAAAUAAUCACUGUUGGAAUUGGACAAUAUGUAAACAGAGAUAUAGUUAACAGACUAGCUUCUUCAACAGAUUCAGUUUUUAAUUUACCGGAAAGAUCAAGAGCCGAGACAAUAGCGCAACAAGUGCUAGAUAAACUAUGUAUUUAA